UUAGCUACUGCGAAUCGCGAACGGUGCCGUGGACAUUCCUUACCAUUUAUGGUAGCGACUUCAAAAUCCGCAUGAUCCGGACGGGACGGAUUAACACCAAGUGUGUGUGAAGGAAACAAAGACAAGAUGGAUGCUCUCGUUCAUUUCGCGAAGCAUGUCAUUCGCGCGCAGGAUAAGGCAGAAGACGAGCUAGUGAAGAUAACGAGACCGGCUUUGCAGACCACGAUGUGGGUUUGCAUUACCGUCUCGAUUGUCUUCACCGUAUUGCGCCUAUCGAUCAGGACAAUCAUGGCAAGAAAGCUAUUCGACGACGACUAUGCAGUUAUAUUUGCCAUGGCAUGCUUCCUGACAUACUGCAUCUUGUAUCAAAUUUGCAUGCCACAGCUCUACCACGUGGGCAUUCUAUGGUACACGUUGGACAUCACCCCCGAAUCGAUCAUUGGUGUCCAACUGUUUCUCCGGUUCCAAUUCGGCAUGAUAAUUCUGUUCUGGACCAAUCUUUGGGCGGUUAAGGUUAGCUUCAUGCUCUUCUUCAGGCGCCUUCUUCCCAAGACAAAGAAUCGACUGAUCUGGUGGUGGUGGACCGUCCUUGUUCUUAUUAUUUCUACAUAUAUUGUCAACAUUGGCCUUCAACUAGGAUCAUGCCAACCGAUCAGUCAUUAUUUCAUCCUUGGUCAAUGCGAAAAGGAGCGCGAUAUCCGUAUAUCCAACUUGUCAUUACGCUUUGCUGCAGGGACCGAUAUUGGGACAGACAUUCUGAUCAUGUCUGUGCCUCUUGCUCUCUUAAGAAACCUCCAAGUCAGCCGACAACAGAAACUCGCACUCGCUGGAGUUUUCUCCAUCAGUUUCUUUAUCAUAGCUUUCGCAAUCGUCCGCAUCGUUAUGACCAAUCCCUUGACGCACCAAGCCGAUCCCAUCUGGUUGGCUUUCUGGUCGAUUCUCGAGUCCGCUGUCGCAAUCGUCGUCUCUUGCCUCCCCACCCUCAAAUUCCUCGUCUCUAAAUCCGUUGAAGCCAGCCGCCGCGGCCAGUACCAGAACUACUACCACAAUAAUUCCGCCGGCUCCGGUCCCCGCUCUGCUCGCAUCAUUAAAGAACCUGCCGUUGAGUUCGCCAAUCUCAGCACUAGCUCUUCGAAGUCCCCUGGCCCAGCGUGGUCCAACAAUAUGGCGAGAAACGCAAACGGCAACGUGAAUCGCACGAACUCGGACGGGAGUGAGGAGCGGAUCAUUCCGAAGGAUCGGAUUCAUGUUGUACAAGAUUUCAGCGUUGUUGACGAGUCGGGAUAUGAGAAGUAUGGGCAUCCAAGACCGGGGAUGGCGAUAUGACCUUUCGUAGUUCGAGUCAUUACUAGAUGGUCGGUUAAUUUUGAUAUCAUUGAUUGAUCUCAGUUUACUCAGCAUGAGGCGCGAGUUUCGUUUCUAAGGACGUUUUAUGACAGAAGUACAACCUUCCCUACUAUUGAUACCAACCGCAUUGCGAGAUGAAAAGGCUUUAUUUUCUAAAUUAUAUAUUC